CACAAAACAAAACCCAAUUAAAGAGAAAGCAAAUUGAUCAGAAAAUGGAUGCUAGACAUGGCAGCAUCAAUGUCCUCAUGCUUCCAUGGAUAGCUCACGGCCACAUAUCACCCUUCCUAGAGCUUGCCAAGAAGCUCACAAAGAGAAACUUUCACAUCUUUUUAUGCUCUACACCCAUAAACCUCCGCCCCAUCAAAGAAAAACUCCCUCAAAAGUAUUCACUUUCAAUACAACUAGUGGAGCUCCACCUCCCUUCCCUCCCGGAGCUUCCUCCCCUCUACCACACAACCAAUGGCUUGCCACCCCACCUCAUGCCCACCCUCAAAAAGGCCUUCGACAUGGGCAGCCAAAAUUUCUCCUCCAUUCUAAAAAGCUUGAGCCCGGAUUUGCUUGUCUAUGAUUUUCUUCAGCAAUGGGCGCCAUCGCUUGCUCUCUCACAAAACAUCCCAGCCGUUGAGUUCUUGCCAACUGGUGCUGCAAUGACAUCUUUCCUUAUCCAUGCUAUCAAGCACCCUGGCAUUGACUUUCCUUUUCCGGGAAUUUUUCUUCGCGAUUAUGAGGUUCGGAAAUUCACCCAUUUUCUUGAAUCUUCUGUCGAUGGCAUCAAAGACUCAGAUCGAGCGCUGGAGUGCUAUGAACGGUCUUCUGAGAUCGUGUUGAUGAAGAGUUUUAGAGAGAUUGAGGGAAAGUACAUUGACUAUCUGUCAACUUCGACGGGGAAGAAGAUCGUGCCGGUCGGUCCACUUGUUCAAGAAAGUGUCAACGACAAUGAGAAAAGGGAAAUCAUGGAGUGGCUGAAUAGCAAGAAAAGAUCAUCGACUGUGUUUGUUUCAUUCGGGAGUGAGUGUUUUUUGUCGGAGGAGGAAAUAGAGGAGAUGGCUCAUGGGCUACAACUUAGCAUGGUGUGUUUCAUAUGGGUGGUGAGAUUCCCUGCAGGCGACAAAGUCAGUCUUGAAAUGGCACUUCGAAAAGGUUUUCAAGACAAGCUUGAAGAUAGAGGAAUGGUUAUGGAAGGAUGGGCACCACAAACAAAGAUUUUAGAGCAUCCAAGCAUUGGUGGGUUUGUGAGUCACUGUGGCUGGAGUUCUGUGAUGGAGAGCAUGAAGUUUGGAGUUCCCAUUAUAGCCGUGCCCAUGCAACUUGAUCAGCCAAUAAAUGCUCGGCUGGUGGAGGAGGUGGGUGUGGGUGUAGAAGUCAAGAGAGAUGUGAAUGGGAAGCUUGAACGGGAAAAGGUGGCAAAGGUGAUCAGAGAGGUGGUUGAAGAAAAAGCUGGAGAGGGUGUAAGGAGGAAGGCAAAAGAAUUGAAAGAGAAGAUAAGAGAGAAGGGAGAGGAAGAGAUUGAUGGAGUGGUGCAGGAAUUGGUGCAACUUUGUAGGAGGAAGGAUAGAAUUGCAGUGUAAUAAUCUUGUCAAAGAUCUAAGUACAACAUAUUUUCCGAAGUGCUAAGAAAAAAGAAGUAUUUUUCCAAGAUAAAAAAGAAAAUGCUUAGUUGGUGUCCAUAUAAUGAAUAUAUGGAGACCUUUUUAAGAAUAUAUGGCCUUUUAUCGUUUCUUUAUUUAAUUUUU